CAAUAAAUAUUUAAAUGAAGCAGCCUACUGCUCGGUGCGUCACCGUUGCAUUGUGGGAAAUGUAGUAUUGGUGCGUGUAAAAGAUCUGCGGGCUGCCGGCUUGCUGCGGUCUGCGGGCCGGUUCUAAUAAUAAAUCAAGAUCAUCCCAGGGGCCGUAAAAAACCUUCUCGCGGGCCGGAUGUGGCCCGCGGGCCUUGACUCUGACAUAUGUGGGUUAGAUGCUUUAUUGGUUAAUGCAUCAUAUGAAAGAGGAUAGAUGUUGGUGUAAUUGUACUCUAAACAACAUGUUUAAGGCAUUGAUGUUAAAGCAUAUACUGUACUGAGUUACCUUAAUAAGAGGAUGUAGGAUUGUUGCAAUGGAGGAGAAUUGGGAACAAAGUGAAAAUGACAUGGCUUGCAAACACCUCUCGGAACCUGGGGCCGGAAAGGGGCAGACUGGGCGAAAGCAUGAGAAGGCUUUUUAGCGAUUUCAUUUUUGUGGAAUCCAGCAGAAAAGUAUCCUGGAGACACAGAGUCAGGUGAAGAGGGAGUGGGAAUUGUCAUGGUCUCAGUCUUUGGUUUUCAUGCAUAUAUAAUAAUGCAUAGCUUAUCACAUUGUUAAUACUGUUAUGUUUUGUGUGUUUUUGUUGCUUUCCAAGUCUUGUGCUAUCACUCUCGUAGGAAACAGAAGGAGAGAGUGGAGAAACAAAAAGCAGCUCCAACUGACAUGGAACAAGACAGCAGAUUCAGCUGAAAUGUCAUUUUGUUGUGUGAAUAGAGAUGGAAAUAAGAUUGUGUAUGGUGUGAUCAUAGUCCAGGCCAUAAGUCUCCGAAUUUGUAAACCUCCCGGUGGUGAAGGUUUUUUUAAAUCAUUGUUCGUUCAUUUAUAAUCAUGUUUUAUUUAAUUUUUUAAAAUUCAUUUUCGUUAUAAUUUUUUGUUCAUUUAUAAGUAAUUUCUUGCUUUUUCUUGCUUCCCCCACAACAGGGGAAGCCAUGUCUGUGUCUGAUUUACAGCUGUAUCGACCCUUUGGGAAGAAUUAAACUUGGUUAAGCUUCACUAGUGUCCAGGUCGUCACCAGAGAAAUGCUCACUACAAAACCGUAGAUCCAGUCUUUAGAUGGGAGUGUUUAUGCAUCUUUGCAGGACAACUAACCAAAGCCUCAGUAAAUCUGGGUCCAAAGGAAGUCCGUGAGAAGAUAUCGGACUGUGUUUUCUCUUUGCGUUGUCACAUGUUGGGAUUUCACAUCUGCAAACCAUUUUCAACAAUAUUCAGCUAUUAACCUAACAAAAACUACUUCUGUCCCAUUUUCAUCGCCUGGCUGAUCUCAUGACUGACUAUCAAACGUAGCUAGCUAGGUACCUAGUACUGUAUCUGUGCCAGUAGCGUGCCCCCUAUUUACACACUCGCAGUAGCGAGAGGAAUUGGAUUGAGGAAGUACAUGCAUGGUAGCGAAUAUGCUUGAGCUGUAAAUUAUUGCUUGAGUUCAACUAAAUGGAUUAUAACGUUCGGUAUGACACAAUUUCAUGUGUACAACAUCUAAAGACUAUACUGGAGCAAUAGAGCAUUUGUUCAUGUUUUUGGAUGCCGGAACUCCAGAAUGAGGCUGAGGAUGUCAAUUGCUGGUGGGAAAUCAAGGACACUCCCUGCAGCUCUUCAAGAUACAGAAUGUCUUCUCUGAGGCAGUACAGCCAAUCAUCAGUGCUCCCUCUGCCAAUGACCAGAAACCCCUACAACAUGCCUACAAUAAGUGCCUUCUGUACAGAGGACAAUGUGUCAGAAUGUAUCUCAUACAUCAAUUGGGAGGUAUCCUCUCUGGGCUUUCCAUUGCUUUGCACAGAGUCUAACAACGGUCCUGAACUGAAUCUGGUGGCCGUGCUGAACAACGUGUACAACCUGCUCCAGCUGCACCGCCGGUGCCUGCAGACAGUGGAGGACAUUGAAGUGGAGCAGGUCAAGUCCAACAGCAACAUGGACUAUCUGCAGCUCAGCAACACUAGACUGAAGGAUCAACUUGAACUCUCCAAGAGGGAAAACACUGGACUUCUUGAGAGAGAACGUCAGCUACAGCUGAAAGUGAAGAGCUUACAUAACUGCCUGAAAAAUGAAAAAGAAGAGGUACAGAAACUUCAAAGCAUCAUAGCAAGCCGUGCCACUCAGUACAAUCAUGACAUGAAGAGGAAUGAAAGGGAGUUCGGAAAACUAAAGGAGCGCCUGAAUCAGCUUCUGAUCGACAAAAAGGAUAAGAAACAAACGUUUGAAGUAUUGAACUACGUGGGAAGAUCGGAUGGGAAGAGAAGCCUUUGGAAAACUGGGAAGACUGAGGCCAGACAUGAGGGAGAGAUGUAUAAGACUCUACUGAACGACUACGACAGUCGCCACAAGGACCUAUUGAUGGAGAACGCAGAGUUAAAGAAAGUAUUACAGCAGAUGAAAAGGGAAAUGGUCACCAUUUUGAGCCCCAGGAAACCUAGCCAAAGUGGCGAGAAACAUGAUGACAGUCUAGAACAGACCAGCUCAGAAGAGGAUGAGGUGUGUGACUCAAGUAGAGAGAGCCUGGAGCUGUCCUGUGAGCAUGCAAGGGAACAGCUCACCAAUAGCAUUCGCCAGCAGUGGAGGAGACUAAAGAGCCACGUGGAGAGACUGGACAGCCAAGCAUCCUUGGUAGGGGAGAGAGCCAACAUGAACGCCAUCCCCAAAGAGGUCCAUGAAGAGGAGAUGGACAGGCUGAAACUGGAGAUCCAGCAGUAUAAAGACUACAUCCACACGCAGCAGCAGCUCCUGCAGCAGCAGCUGAACUCCCCAUGUGACGAUGAGACAGCCUCGCUGCUCAACGACUGCUACAUGCAGGAGGAGAAGGAGCGCCUCAAGGAGGAUUGGAAGUCAUUCGAAGAAAAAAGGAAGAACUUUGAGGCGGAAAGGAGGAACUUCACAGAGGCAGCCAUAAGACUGAGCCACGAGAGAAAAGCAUUUGAGGAGGACCGCGCCACAUGGCUCAAACAUCAGUUUUUAAACUUGACUCCAUUUGGAGACCAAAUGAAGCCACAGAUGUCAAAGUCUCAAAGUGCCUUAUCAGGAUGGGCUGAGUCAGAGGUUAGGCCUGUGUCGACUCCAGCAAAGUUAAAUAAAUCACUAUCCCACACGGCUUUCUCCACAUCCAGAGCCUCCCCAGCGAAGACGCCAUCCACGGCAGAUCUGUAUCGCACACACCGCCUUAUCCCAGAAAAAAGCACAAGCACAAUCCACCCAAAGCAAGACUCCAGUAUCCUUCGCAAUGGUGACGUUCCUGCCCAGCUCCGACACGUGAAUGGAGGAGCAAAUUGAAGAGCAUACACAUUCACGGGAGAUAGAAAUGGCUCCAUUUAAACACAGGGAUAGACACCUUGGCCUUUUCCCAUGACAAUCCAUGCUCUUAAACCAUUCAAUAUCAAGUGUAGUAUCAAAGGUAGUCAGACACACUUAAAUGGAAUUGCCAACCACAAAAUAUAUUUACUUCUUGUUUGUAGAACUUUAUAAAAUAAAAAUCUAUAAUUUAAUUAGACAAAAAGGACCCGGACAGACGAGGCCCCUGUCUGUGUUUUGAUAGAGCCAUAAUAUUUUGGCUGCUGAGUGGCUCAUUGUAAAUGACAGGGACAAAUUAGUGUGGUUUUUAAUGUAAUGUUGGUGUUUGUAGAAGUCGUUUUGUAUAUAUUUAACGUCAAAUGUCUUUGUUGUAUUACCUUUUUGUUAAGGUCAUGUAGUUUUAUAAAGUUGAAUGUUUAUCCGUAGGCACUCUGUAAGACAGCGUAAUGUAUUUAUCAUGGUCAACAUUGUUUCCCCCUUAAAUAUUUGAUAGCAUCUUAGAAUGUACUUUUAUUUCAAUGCUGCUGAUACACCAAAGGCAAUAAGAUAUAUUAGUUCUGUCAAUUUCAUAAAUACAUUUAAAUUGUGUCUUUCCCCGUGAUUGUGAUGAUGAUGAAAAAACAAUAUUGCUCAAGGCUAUUGUGUUUAUUGUUGUUGAUGCAGCGCACGGAACAGUCACAGUGAGGCGGAUGCACUUUAACUGCAUAUAUCACCUUGAAUGUGUUUUCUGCAUUGAUUUCUUAUUUUACAAUUCACCAUGAAAAGUGAUUGCAAUUAGAUUGCUGUUGUUAGAGGGCUGUAAUGUAUCAGAGACCAUCUUUGAAUGCACAGUUGGAUUUAUUACAAUUUGAAUGGUCAAGAUCUCAGUGAUGUGAAAUGAUGUAUUUUCUGUUAGAAAGGUUACAUAGUAUCUGCUCCACCAGAGCUCUAAGCACACUGCUCAGAGCAGCAACAGGCCACAUGGGCUUCUGCCUUCUCCCUCAGGUCCACACUCUAAUCAUAGAUGCUGCUCAGACCUUCAGAGCGGUUCAGGUUGGAAUCUGUAAUAUGAAAGAAAGUAAGAAAUCAGUAUUUUUUGAAUACGUCACAUACAGUAUGGUGUCUUCAGUAAAACAGUUGUCCAUUCUAGAUUCACUGACUGCCAGGCAGUGGAAUUGUGUAGGUGGUCCUCACUGGGAGGCAGACAGUGCAGGACAUGCUUAACAGUAGCAUUUGGACUUCUUGCCAUCAACAAUCACCUGCUUCUCCAGCUUCAGACUCAGGAUUCAUGUGACAUUCUGGGAUAGAGAGGUACAGUAAUAAUGUUAACUAAAUGAACUGACAUUUGUUAAAGUGAUGCAACAUCGGCGGUUCUCGGAAGAAAGCACCCAAGAAUGGGCAAAGCUGAUUGGGCUCUGGAGGCCACUAGGUGUUCCGUACUCCUGUCUGACUUCCCCAUCAGCCUUUCCACAGAUUCAACAGGUCUGUCCCUUCAUCCAGUCCACAACUUGAAACUGAGUGCCAAAAUCAUGCGAUUUAAAACUUCUCUAGCUUAUGAUUUAGUACCCUUUAAAAGCACUAACCUUUUGGUGACAUUUGGUUGGGGGACACUUCACCUAAUUUUAAAGUGAAUUUCCAGCAAAUCUAUUUUGCCGUGGGGCGGAGAUGUUUUAGUUUCACAUCUGAAUCCUAGGUUUCUUCCUUGGUUCCUUUCUUUCUAUGGAGUUUUUCCUAGCCACCGUGCUUCUACAUCUGCAUGCAAAUCAAAUGUAUUUAUAUAGCCUUUCUUACAUCAGCUGACAAGAGAGAUGAAACACCAGCUGUGUUGAGAUUGAAAGGCAAUCAAUCCAUUUGAGUUUUGGGGGUCUGUGCAUACCUAAUAAAAGAAGAAGAAAAACAUUGAUGGAUUUAUAUUACAUACAGUAUCUGAUGAAUUCCAAUUGAAUAAGUCAUGCAUGGAAUUUAGAAUUGUAAGUCGCUCUGGAUAAGAGCGUCUGCUAAAUGACUUAAAUGUAAAUGAUAUCUCAAAGUGCUGUACAGAAACCCAGCCUAAAACCCCAAACAGCAAGCAAUGCAUGUGUAGAAGCACGGUGGCUAGGAAAAACUCCCUAGAAAGGCCAGAGCCUAGGAAUACACCUAGAGAGGAGCCAGACUAUGAGGGGUGGCCAGUCCUCUUCUGGCUGUGCUGGGCGGAGAUUUUAACAACAUGGGCAAGAUGUGCAUAAAUGACCAGCAUGGUCAAAUAAUAAUCACAGUAGUUGUCGAGGGUGCAAUAGGUCAGCAACUCAGGAGUAAAUGUCAGUUGACUUUUCAUAGCCGAUCAUUGAGAGUAUCUAUACCACUCCUGCUGUCUAGAGUUGAAAACAGCAGGUUUACGACAGGUACCACAUCCGGUGAACAGGUCAGGGUUCCAUAGCUGCAGGCAGAACACUUGAAACUGAAGCAGCAGCACGGCCAGGGGACUGGGGACAGCUAGGAGUCAUCAUGCCAGGUAAUCCUGAGGCAUGGUCCAAAGAGAGAAUUAGAGAGAGCAUACUUAAAUUCAUGCAGGACACCGGAUAAGUACUCCAGAUAUAACAGACUGACCCUAGCCCCCCGACACAUAAACUACUGCAGCAUAAAUACUGGAGGCUGAGACAGGAGGGGUCAGGUGGCCCCAUCCAAUGAUACCCCCUGACCGGGCCAAACAGGCAGGAUAUAACCCCACUAACUUUGCCAAAGGACAGCCCCCACACCACUAGAGGGAUAUCUUCAACAACCAACUUACCAUCCUGAGACAUGGCCGAGUAUAGCCCACAAAGAUCUCCGCAACAGCACAACCCAAGGGGGAGCCCCAACCCAGACAGGAAGACCACGUCAGUGACUCAAACCACUCAAGUGACGCACCCCUCCUAAGGACAGCAUGGAAGAGCACCAGCAAGCCAGUGACUCAGCCCCUGUAAUAGGGUCAGAGGCUGAGAAUCCCAGUGGAGAGAGGGGAACCGGCCAUGCAGAGACAGCAAGGGCGGUUCAUUGCUCCAGUGCCUUUCCGUUCACCUUCACACUCCUGGGCCAGACUACACUCAAUCAUAGUACCUACUGAAGAGAUGAGUCUUCAAUAAACACUUAAAGGGUGAGACCGAGUCUGCGUCUCUCACAUGAGUAGGCAGACCAUUCCAUAAAAAUGGAGCUCUAUAAGAGAAAGCCCUGCCUCCAGCUGUUUGCUUAGAAAUUCUAGGGACAAUUAGGUGGCCUGCGUCUUGUGACCGUGUAGGUAUGUAUGGCUGGACCAAAUCGGAAAGAUAGGUAGGAGCAAACCCAUGUAAUGCUUUGUUGGUUAGCAGUAAAACCUUGAAAUCAGUCCUUGCCUUAACAGGACGCCAGUGUAGGGAGGCUAGCACUGGAGUAAUAUGAUACUUUUUUUGGUUCGAGUCAAGAUUCUAGCAGCCGUAUUUAGCACUAACUGAAGUUUAUUGAGUGCUUUAUCCGGGUAGCCGGAAAGUAGAGCAUUGCAGUAGUCUAACCAAGAAGUAUCAAAGCAUUGAUUAAUAUUUCUGCAUUAUUUUUGGACAGAAAGGUUCUGAUUUUUGCAAUGUUACGUAGAUGGAAAAAAGCUGUCCUUGAAACAGUCUUGAUAUGUUCGUCAAAAGAGAGAUCAGGAUCCAGAGUAAAGCCGAGAUCCUUCACAGUUUUAUUUGAGACGACAAUACAACCCAUCAAGAUUAAUUGUCAGAUUCAACAGAAUAUCUCUUUGUUUCUUGGGACCUAGAACAAGCAUCUUUGUAUUGUCUGAGUUUAAUAGUAGAAAGUUUGCAGCCAUCCACUUCCUUAUGUCUGAAACACAGGCUUCCAGCGAGGGCAAUUUUGGAGCUUCACCAUGUUUCAUUGAAAUGUACAGCUGUGUGUCAUCCACAUAGCAGUGAAAGUUUACAUUAUGUUUUCGAAUGACAUCCCCAAGAGGUAAAAUAAAAAGUGAAAACAAUAGUGGUCCUAAAACUGAACCUUGAGGAACACUGACAUUUCCAGUUGUUUAUCAAACCAUCCACAGAGACAAACUGAUAUCUUUCCUACAGAUAAGAUCUAAACCAGGACAGAACUUGUCUGUGUAGACCAAUUUGGGUUUCCAAUCUCUCCAAAAGAAUGUGGUGAUCGAUGGCAUCAAAAGCAGCACCUAGGUCUAGGAGCACGAGGACAGAUGCAGAGCCUCGGUGUGUAGCCAUUAAAAGGUAAUUUACCACCUUCACAAGUGCAGUCUCUAUGAUGGGGUCUAAAACCAGACUGAAGCAUUUCCUAUACAUUGUUUGUCUUCAGGAAGGCAGUGAGUUGCUACGCAACAUCUUUUUCUAACAUUUUUGAGAGGAAUGGGUGAUUCGAUAUAGGCCGAUAGUUUUUAAAAAUAUUUUCUGGGUGUCACGCCCUGAUCGUAGAUUGCUUUGUAUGUUUCUAUUUUUUGUUUGAUCAGGGUAUGAUGUGGGUGGGCAUUCUAUGUUUGUAUGUCUAGGUUUUGUAUUUCUAUGUAUUUGCCGGGUAUGGUUCUCAAUCAGGGACAGCUGUCUUUCGUUGUCUCUGAUUGAGAACCAUACUUAGGUAGCCUGUUUUCCCACUGUUAGUUGUGGGUGGUUAUUUUCUGUUUAGUGUUGGUUGCACCUUGCAGAACUGUUUUGGCUAUUCUUUUGUUAUUUUGUAUUCAGUGUUCAGUCAGUUAAGUUAUUAAAGAUUAAUACGUACCCCGCUG